UGCAGCCCUGGGCUUGGCACCAACUUUCAUUGAGACGCCCCCCCCAGCAGCCCAUGGAGGGCGAACUAACACUUACAGGACACGGGAGGGACAGGGUGUGUGUCUGUGGGAGCUAGGAAGGGUGGAAGAGCAGAGCCGAGAGGCAAAAGGAGACUGGGAACACUGGGACAAAGAGCAACGACUGGGAGCCAGCAGAGAAAGGACCAGUCGGAAAAAAAGAGCAAGUCAUAGAGUGACGGACCUCGACUGGCAGGACAAGAACCGAGUCCACCUGUGCUGCACUUGCUGUGGUUGGAAGGCUGAUCCCUGGGCGGAAUUCCCUUUGAAAUUGUGAUACACUGGAAAAUAAAGGGAAAACAGCGUUUCUGAGGAUUCACACUACAGACCUGAUGCUGCACAAACGCCUGUAUUACAGUUUGUGAAUGUAACUGGAGCUUAAAUACAACGCUGUAAUCACAACGUGCGCUUGGAGAAAAAAGGCGUUCGUAAUUAAGGAGCAUCUAUAAAAAGCUGCCCAGGAAAGGGUGAGGUCUGCGACUGGGCCACAAGGACCCAAGGACAGAAGGCAGCACGCUUAGAACCUCGCCGCCGGUUCCAGGGGGAAAGCAUGGACGCUCACGGAGGACACUACCUGAACAAAGAAGCCGUGCUGUCGCCGCUGGGCGCCGCCCGCAUGUGCCAGCUGCUGCUGGGCUGCACCAUCAUGGCCCUGGUGUCGCACAGCGCGGGCUACAGCGCCAGCUACGGCACCUUCUGCAUGUUCGUGUGGUGCUUCUGCUUCGCCGUCACGCUGCUGGUGUUCGCGCUGGACGUCACGCGGCUGCACGCGUGCAUGCCCGUCUCCUGGGACAACUUCACCGUGGCCUUCGCCAUGCUGGCCACCCUCAUGUACGUCACGGCGUCCGUGGUCUACGCCGUCUACUUCCUGCAGGGCGCGUGCGCGGACGAGGCCUGCGAGGCGCACGUGUACCGCAUCGCGGUCACCGUGUGCUCCAGCGUCUGCUGCUUCCCCUACGGGGCCGAGGUCUUCCUCACCCGGGCCAAGCCGGGGGCCGUGGUGGGCUACAUGGCCACGGUGUCGGGCCUGCUGAAGGUGGUCCAGAGCUUCGUGGCCUGCAUCAUCUUCGGGGCCCUGGCCAAUGACAGCGAGUACAACCAGCACAUCGCCUCCCAGUACUGCGUGGUGGUGUACAGCCUGUGCUUCUCCGUCACCGUCAUCGUGGUCGUACUCACGGUUUCCGGGAGGACGUCGGCGCUCCGGUUCCCCUUCGACCGCUUCGUGGUCGUCUACACCUUCUUCGCUCUGAUCCUCUACCUCAGCACCGCACUGAUCUGGCCCAUCUUCAGCUUCGACAGGAAGUACGGCAACACUACGCGCCCUGAGGACUGCCCGCCCGGGAAAUGCCCCUGGGACAGCAAGCUGGUGGUGGCGGUGUUCACUAAUGUGAACCUGGUCUUGUACUUUGUUGAUCUGGUUUAUUCGCAGAGGAUCCGCUUUGUCUCCAGUUCGGCUGUCUGAGCAAAGUCAGCCCCCUGAGAAGAGCCAUAAUGUAUGGAGACAAAUAGUAUUCAUAUUGAUGGUGUUAUUUUUCUUGUGACCGUUUUUAUCAUCAGUAUUCAGCCACAGCAGGGACUCAAAAGUCCAGUUCUGCAGGGCCCUGCCAGUGGAGCUGAUGUCAGCGGUUCUGUUCACACGACAGUCCACAUCUCAGCUCCAAACGCACCGGAACCCUGACUUCUUAAACUAGAUGGACCUGGGAGUGUAUUAUGGAAGAUGGGAGCAGUGUUAGAGUUCAGACUACACAACUUAUUUAACCGCACAAAAAGGCAUCGUGUGAAGUGUGCACUGAACAAAGCUUAUACAAAUGUUUUGCAUUUCUUUCCUAUUUUUAAUAUAUUGCUCAUGUGUAUUGGCAAACAAUCAGGUUGUAUUUGUUAUUCACUGAAUGUUUAAUGUUACAGGAUUAUUUUGUAGCAACAGUAUUAAAUAUUAUUUGACCCAACAAAGUUAUGUAGGUAAAUGUUUUAUUUACUCGUGUCUAGCAUUUUCCAGUGUUGAUAAAAUUAGUGAAAAUAAAUAAAAUGUUAUGUUUUGUU